GCCGGGAGGAAGGCGAAGAGGCCGGUGCGAACGUGGUGCGGUGGCGGGGGGGUGUGUGCCCCAGGUUUUUGGAGCCCUGAGGGAUACAGCAGUUUGGACAAUAUUGUUUUAACAUGCUUCAGAUAAAUCAGGAUGAGUCCCUUCCAAUAGCAGGGAGUAGGGAAAGGUGAGCCAGCAAAAGAGACAUAGAAACUGUGUCCAAGUCAUUUUCUGGGACCAGGGAUGGAAACGGAUUCUUCUAUGGAGAGACUUGCCUUGGCAGCUUCUCUCCAAGAUAAAAUGGCAACCCCCAAAGAGAAAACUCCAAUGUGUCUGGUAAAUGAGUUAGCCCGUUUCAAUAGAGUCCAACCCCAGUAUAAACUUCUGAAAGAAAGAGGGCCUGCUCAUUCGAAGAUGUUCUCAGUGCAACUGAGUCUUGGGGAGCAGACAUGGGAAUCCGAAGGGAGCAGUAUAAAGAAGGCCCAGCAAGCUGUCGCUAAUAAGGCUUUAGCUGAAUCUACGCUUCCCAAACCAGUUCAGAAGCCACCCAAAAGUAAUGUUAAUAAUAACCCAGGUAGUAUAACUCCAACUGUGGAACUGAAUGGGCUUGCUAUGAAAAGGGGAGAGCCUGCCAUCUACAGGCCAUUAGAUCCAAAGCCUUUCCCAAAUUAUAGAGCUAAUUACAACUUUCGGGGCAUGUACAAUCAGAGGUAUCAUUGCCCAAUACCCAAGAUCUUCUAUGUUCAGCUGACAGUAGGAAAUAAUGAAUUUUUUGGGGAAGGAAAGACUCGACAAGCCGCUAGACACAAUGCCGCAAUGAAAGCCCUUCAAGCACUGCAGAAUGAACCUAUUCCAGAAAAAUCAGCUCAGAAUGGCGAAUCAGGAAAAGAAAUGGAUGAUGACAAAGAUGCAAACAAAUCUGAGAUCAGCCUAGUGUUUGAAAUUGCUCUGAAGCGAAAUAUGCCCGUCAGUUUUGAGGUUAUCAAAGAAAGUGGACCACCACACAUGAAAAGCUUUGUCACUCGGGUGUCCGUGGGUGAAUUCUCCGCAGAAGGAGAGGGAAACAGCAAAAAACUCUCCAAGAAGCGCGCUGCAACCACUGUCCUACAGGAGCUUAAGAAACUUCCACCUCUUCCUGUGGUUGAAAAGCCAAAACUAUUUUUUAAAAAACGCCCUAAAACAAUAGUAAAGGCUGGACCAGAAUAUGGUCAAGGAAUGAACCCCAUUAGCCGCCUGGCUCAAAUUCAACAGGCCAAAAAGGAAAAAGAGCCAGAUUAUGUUUUGCUUUCGGAAAGAGGAAUGCCUCGACGUCGGGAAUUUGUGAUGCAGGUCAAGGUAGGCAAUGAAGUUGCUACUGGAACAGGACCUAAUAAAAAGAUAGCCAAAAAGAAUGCUGCGGAAGCAAUGCUGUUACAACUUGGUUAUAAAGCAUCCACUAAUCUUCAGGAUCAGCUUGACAAGACAGGGGAAAACAAAGGAUGGAGUGGUCCGAAGGCUGGGUUUCCUGAACCAACAAAUAACACUCCAAAAGGAAUUCUUCAUUUGUCUCCUGAUGUUUAUCAAGAGAUGGAAGCCAGCCGCCACAAAGUAAUCUCUGGCACUACUCUAGGCUAUUUGUCACCCAAAGAUAUGAACCAGCCCUCAAGCUCUUUCUUCAGUGUAUCUCCCACAUCGAAUAGUUCAGCUACCAUUGCCAGGGAACUCCUUAUGAAUGGAACGUCUCCUACAGCUGAAGCCAUAGGUUUAAAAGGAAGUUCUCCUACUCCCCCUUGUUCUCCAGUACAGCCUUCAAAACAACUGGAAUAUUUAGCAAGGAUUCAAGGCUUUCAGGUAUGAAUUAAAAGCAAAAACAAAAACAAGAAAACAAAACAGUUCAUUAGCCCCAGAUCCUUCAUCUCUAUCCAUCAGAAAGCUCAUUCUUGCCUGCUAGUGCGACUUCUCUGCCACCUACAUUGCAAAUUAUUAGGCACACAGAGGACAGAAAAACGAGCCAUGUGCACGUGCCUCAUUGAAAUUUUUUUUCCAUUCUCUCUAGUAAGUCUUUUGCUGCCUGGCUCUCCUCCAUUUUCCUUCUCCUGCCUUUAUAAUUAUUAUUAUUAUUAUUAUUACUAUUAUUUUUAACAUUUUUCAUUCUCUGUUCUGUCUUCUGAUUGGUCUUGAUUGGGUCUAUUCCCCCACUCUGUCUUCCCCAAACAAAAGUUCUGCCUUCAUACUUUUGGUGUUAGUAUUUAGCACUAAGUCCUCCCUCAUUUUACAGGAAGCUUGAGUUUUUCUACUGAUGUCUUUACUUUCAUAACAGUUUUGAAUUUGGCAUUCUGUGGCUAGUAUCGAUUCAGGUAUACCGUGAAGGUACAACAUCCUAGAAGUCUGUUAUCUUAGGAGUUAAUCGAACAUGGUGUUAGAACAAUAAUAAAUGAUCUGUAGUCGUUUGAGGCAUAAAAACACGUGUCAUUUCACGGGAUCGUGUAUGGAACCGACUAGGGUAGCACCUGCCUCCUGUGAUACCCACACUUCUGUUUCACUGGGCAUUGGAAGCCUAGCUUAUGGUCCAGUUGUUGUGUAGGUGAAUCGGGGGAUGGAAACUUUUUUUCCCCUAUUUAGUCAUCAUUCUCUUUUGAAAAACAAACAACAGUGCUUUAGGGUAGUGCUUUUAAAAGAAUUGUUAACUCUAGGAAGAGGAAGUACCUGUGUUCUGACGUCUUAGUUGCCUUGAAAAUCCUGUAUGGAACUGUAACAGCUCCCAUGACUGGAUGAGCAGCAGCGGGCUUGUGUGUGGAAAGAACACCUGCCCCCUCAGAUUCCGCUCUUUUCAGCCCCUUUCCAUCGUAGUCUUAUUCCUUAAGACCCAAAGCUGUAAUUUCCUUUAGCAAUGCCCUAGAAGAUAUGUAUUGUGUAGAAUGAUCAUGUAUUUAUAAAAAAUUUUACAGAUUUAGAUAUAAGAGAGAAGAUCAUGUGUUUUGGGGGUAUUGUGCAUGUUUUUUUGUUUCCCUUCACAGAAACUUGAUUUUUUUCAAAUCUAUUGCGAGGUAGUCAUAGUGUUUUUAAUUAGACUAUUAAUAUGAACUCUAAAACACUGUUACCAGUUAUGGGCUCUGUCAUCUGAGAUUUUAAAGACUUAAUUUGAAAAUUAAACAUUUAGAAUUUGUUUUUGUUGUUUACCUUAAGAAUAACAAUAAACCACUGUUUAAAAUAAAAGGACCUUGAUUCAUACAGUUAAAAUACUGGGGAAAAACUAAGCAAAUUUUAGUUCUAUAACCUGAAUAGGAUGAACUAGAAAUAAAUUGUGAUAAAAAAAAUUCACUGUUUAUUUGCAAAUCUAGUUUAGAAAUGUCUGAAAGUUACACUGCAUUUACAUUUUUACAGAAACAAUGCACAGAUUGCAUUCAAGCUCUGAAUUGAUUUCUUGCUUAGAGAUGUUGUUGUGGUAGAUGUAAUUUUGCUGCCAGAAGAAAUACUUCAAUUUUUAAAUUUGUAUUUAUUUGUUAAUUCUUGGCAAUGACAACAACUAUAAUUCUAAAAUAUCUUUAGUCAGAAUAUAGAAUCUGUUUCCCUAUAUUCGGGCUGACUACUCAGACCCUUUUUUUUUUUUUUUUUUUCCGAGCUUAUGCUGAGAUAAUACAGUCUUAUUUAUAGAUGAGUUAAACAUUUCCAAAUUGGUGUACUGUGAUUUUUCCGUACUAAUGAAUAUGAACAGAUGGUUUUAAAACCUUACUGUGCUUCUUUGGUCAAAUGAGCUUGGUGUUGAUAUGAACUAUUGUGUCACUGACGGACUGCAGCCUGCAGCUGUGCGGUGAACAGAAUCUGUGCGCAGUGGCUGCAUGUCCCGUCCGGCGCCUAGUGCGUCCUCAUAAACGUCACGGUAGCAGAGUCUUUGUGGUUAAGUUUUAAAAGGCGAUUUCUUUAUAGGUAACUUGCUCAGGUACGUUUACCUGGUAGAAAAACAUGUAGAUUGUUGCUUUUCCUUAAAUGUUUUUAAUUGAACUGUAGUUUAGAAAUGGUAGGGCCAGCUUGUUACAGAUUCCAUGCUGUUGUGUUAUUUUUAUUUCUGGAAUUUAAAAACAAUAAAUUCUGUGUUUCGAGGUUAGUACUUUUAAAAUUUUGUUAUUGUACACUGAAUAGAUAUUACUGCUUAUUGAAUGUUGUAUAAACUCUGGCCUUCUGUGCCCUUCUUGACAUUUGAUUUAAGCCUAUCAGAGCCAUUGUAUGUGACAGCUAUAUUGUAUUACAAAGUAAAAAAAUAUAUUAGUGUACUGAAAACAAAGUCGUUUUAACUUUUAAAUUUUUUCAUUAUCCACUCUUAAUUGAAAUUUAUAAGUUACGGAAGCUUAUUUGCUCACCAGAAUGAGGUAUUAAGCUCACAUCCUUUUGCUUAAAUCUACAGAGUAAUUUAAAUGAUUAUACAAUUAAAGUUAUUAUUAAUAAAGCUGACUUCGCAGGUCAGAAUUUGACUGAACACUUGGACUUCUCAGUAAUUCUUUUAUCCUUGCCUGGGGUCACCUAAAGUUUUUAUCACAUUUUAGAUGCAGACCUUUGGAUUGCUGUCAUAAACAAAUAUUUGUUUCUUUGAAGUUUCAUUGAGUACAGUUUAAUUAUCCUCUUUUAAAACUGAAUGUUCUUACUGAUUUGUUAUUUUUUAGAAAAAAAUUUAAUAUCAGUAGUUCUGUGAAGUUCAGACUUUGUCCAGCCCAGUCAGUAUGCUUCUAUAACUUCUAUCCAUUUCAUAAAAAUUCAUUUGAAAUAUAGUUAUAAUAGUGUUUGGGGCUCCUUGGUGCAUAUCUUGUUAUCCUUUCAUUAUAAUACCAAAAUGUUUCAAAAUCAUUCAGCAUUUUAAAGACAGUUAUUAUGGAGGAGGCAUUUUUGAGAUGCUGUGCAUUUAGCUAAGGUAGAACUUUGUUUUGUAGUGUUAUAAUUUACUCUAAGUUUUUACAUCUUUAAUAUGUUUUUUCAUGGUAAUUAUAUUAGAAAUCUCUCUAUAUAAUUAAGUAUAAGCAGUGUCACUGUUUAAAAGAGUCAUUAGAAAAGUGAUUAGAUUGAAAAUUAAAAUGAAUUAUUUUAGUAAAUUGUCCUUUGUAGAUGGAUUUAAUUUUAACUCUUUAGUGUAUAACCCCCUUGUAAUUAUCAUCCACUGAGCAGUGUUGUUUUCAAAACUUUCAGAGUAAAAUAUCAUAAACUAGAUUUGUUUUUCUCCCAUGCAGAAUGUAAAGAAGCACUUGGCAUCUUAGUUAAACCAUAAUUAGUUUAUUAAAUAAAAAUCAGUAAGUGUUUCCUAAGGGGACUUUUCAUUAUUGUGAGUUUUAGAUAUUGGUGCCAUUUUUAACAAGAUGAGAAUGUCAGUAGAAGGCUUAAAAAUACCUAAUUAAGAACUUUCUUUUCAAAUACAGUUCAAACCAUACAUUUCAACAAAUAUGUCUCCUUUUUUGACGUUUAAUUUGAUGAUAACAUUCUUCUUUUAUGUUUAUAGGCUUCUUUUAAGUAUUUAUUUUUGACAUGUUUGACAUACACAAUUAACAGUAUGACCUUAGUACAGAUCACACUGAGAUAGGACAUAGGCGCUGGGGUUUGGCCAAAUUGAGAACCAACCUUUUCCUUUCUCCUUUUUUCUUAUUUCCUCUAUACCUCACUUUUUGUAAACUAUGUAUUUAUCAUUAAAGUGGGUGUUUGCACUUUUUUUUUGAAGAGUGAGGAAUCCAUUUCUUUUCAAAGACCAAGUAAAAUUUUAUAAGUAAAAUUUUGUAGACUUAUAAUAGGAAAAUAUGGAGAAAGAAAUCAUGCAUAUACAUAUACUCCUUCACUUGGAGGUAUAUUCUUUCUCUUUCCUAAUUUGUCCUUGAAACAUAACUUAGCAUGUCACUUCUGCGCCCAAAUUUUCAUCUGUAUUGUUACACGAUGGUUGUAUAAAGUGAUGAGAAAUUACUCAGUGUACAAUGAACAAAACACAUUUGUGGGUUUGGCAUAGGGUCAAGAGAUUCUGCUUUAAUUUAUAGUCACUUCUUAAAAAUCCUUCUUGAGUCUAGCCUUCAUUACUUUCCAAAGACCUUGGAGAAAUUGGAUGAAUUCUCUUGAAGGUUUGGUCUUCUAUAGUAACUGAAGACCUUAGGUUUGUUCUUCAUAUGGGCAGUCCACAUUCAUGCAAACUGACUUAUUGAUACACGUGGCCAAACCCUCAAGGGUCUGCAAAACUAUAUACCACAUAACUGUACUUCAUAAAAACCAGCAGAAUUACAGUUUGAAUCACUUUGCUAAAAUUUCCAACUCUUUAGAGAAAAAUAUUACAUUCAGAAGAAAUAAAUCCUGAUGCAUAUAAAAACAUACUGUGAUGGGUAACACCAAUGCAAAUAAGAAUCAAGCAGGCCUUGGUAAAACAGUCCAUUAUUAUUGGAUCAACUAUUCCAGACUAAGUCACUCCACCCUAAAUCACUGCAUAAUGUAAUCAGAAGGACAAAGAUACUCAUUUUGAGCCUUGAUACACCAGCACAUACAUAGGAAGACACACAUUUCAAAGAAAGUGAUAUACAAACACGAAGGAGCUCUCCUAACACAGGGACUUUGAUGUGGAUCCGAAAUGAGCUACUGCUUGUUGAAAAAAAUAUCUGCCAUUUUGUGUCAGUCAUCUCAAAGUAGAAGUAUCUGUAGCCUUUUCUGUUUGAAUCAGAAGGGAUUUCAGGGAGUUCCCAUCGUGACUCGGUGGUUAGCGAAUCCGACUAGGAACCAUGAAGUUGCGGUUCGAUCCCUGCCCUUGCUCAGUGGGUUGAAGGAUCCGGCGUUGCCGUGAGCUGUGGUGUAGGUUGCAGACGCGGCUCGGAUCCUGCAUUGCUGUGGCUCUGGCGUAGGCUGGCAGCUACAGCUCCGAUUCAACCCCUAGCCUGGGAACCUCCAUAUGCCACGGGAGCUGCCCAAGAAAUGGCAAAAAAAAAAGGGGGGGGGAUUUCAACUCAACAUGAGAAUUCUAUUUGGAAUUAUUCGAAAAUCAGUAGUUAAUUAUCUCUUCGAUCAAUUUGAAGAGAGGGAAAUUUUUUUUUCAUUUUAAGGUGAAUUUCAUUUCCCUUUUCUAGAAAAGGUUGGCAGUGAUGUGAUUUUUACUUAGUAACAUAACAUUAACUGUAGUACCUUUCAUGUCAGGUGGGGACCUGCAUUCUUAUAUUCCUUCUAAGUCAUGUUGAAAUUAUCUAUUUCCCUCUCUCCAGCAUUCAGCUACGGCUAUUUUUUUUUUUUUUUUUUUUUUUUCCGCGAAUGACAGUAUCUAAGAUAGCAGAUGUAUUGUUCUCUUCUCACCCCGGACAACUCUUGAGAAAGAGAACAACGUGCGGAAUACUGCCUGUGAAGGAUUUCUGCACACUGAAAAAAACUGCUUUAACAUACCAGGGGCAUUAGGAGAUGUAAACGAAACUAACAUUUAUUGACUGUCUUGUUUUAUAUCAGAUGGUGAAGGAGGCAUUAUGUAUGUUAUUUCAUGAUGUGGCAGAAGUGCCUGGUACAUUUUGGCUUCUUGCUUAUAAGUCCUUAUUUUGUAAGCCUGAUCCCUGAAGAAAGGACUAGGCUCCAGGGUCUUCUGGAUGUUGUUUUGGUUUAGUCAUAGGUUUCAUUAAUACAUUUAUUUAUGCCUUCUGCUAUGUAUACAACAGAGUCUGAGUCAUUUAAAAAUUCUCUUUUGGGCUGGAAAGAACUUGAGAUUUUAUUCAAAGAUAUAAUUUUAUUAUACGAAUACAAUUGAUAGAAUUCUAGUUCAUUUUAAACCCUGACAGAUUUUAGGUUCAGGAAGGUUCUGCCAUCUUAACAUGAUACAUCAAAAAGCAGAUUUAACUGUCAGAGAUAAGAGAUAUUUAAAGAACUUUUAAGACAUUUUUAUCUGUAGAAUUGUCCUUUUUUUAAAGAAAAGUUCAGAAUGAAGUCCUAUAGUGGAACAUUUGAGAAAACAAGAACAACUGUUGGGAAAUGAUACAAAGUUUACAGAUUCAAAAACUCUUAAUAAGAGAAAAAUGUAGAAAGUCCAUUAAGAAUAGUUCUCAAGGAGUUCUCCUGUGGUGCAGUGGGUUAAGGAUCCGGCAUUGUCACUGCAGUGGCUCAGGUCACUGCUGUGGCAUGGGUUCCAUCUGUGGCUGGGGAACUUCCACAUGUCAUGGGCAUGGCCAAAAACAAAAGAAAAAAAAAGAGUAGUUCUCAAUAAUUUCAGCAUACAUGUGCACAGUUGGAUGGAUAUAAAGUUAAUGUGGCUGUGGAAUGUCAUCUCAUUGCAUACUGGAAUUGAUUUAGCUAAACAACAGGAAAUGGAACAUUUGUUUGUUCACGCUGGGCAAAUUCUUAAUAAGUACCUGCACACCUUGGGAGCACACCAAGCAGUGGGCACAGGAAGAGUUACGGUCAAGUGGGGGACAGACAGACAGGAAAAGAAAACCACUGAACAGAAGCUUGGCCGCUACUACAGUUUAGUCUGGUCUCCAGGGAUCUGUGUUUGAACAUUACACAUUUUGAUAAAAAGUAAUGAAUUGUUUGUAGCAUGCUGCACAAGUAAUGUAGGGAAUGCCUUUCCACGUAAUAAGCAUCACUGUAGUUAUAAUAUGGUAAGUGAACCCUUGAGGUGUGGUUAGCCAUGUCAAGAAUCAUGGAUGGGGGACUUCUCUGGUGGCCUAGUGAUUAGGACUUGGUGCUUUCACCACUGCUGUGGCCUGGGUUCGAUUCUGGCCUGGAAACUGAAAAGUCAACAUCAAUCUGCUACAUGCUGCAGGCAAAAAAAAAAAAAAAGAAAGAAAGAAUCUUAGACUGGAAUGAACAACUC